GCGACGUUGGGCUCAGCAGCCAUUGAUGCUCGGUGUUCGUACCGGACAAACCGCCGUUAAUUCUUCGUUUCCAGGUUGGUCAGCGGGCUGAAGUCAUGGUUUCUCACUCCCUCGCCCUGCCGAUGAUCUGCUUCACCACGCUAUGGGGGCUGGUGGGGGUCGUGGCUCCGCUUCUGGUGCCCAAAGGACCCAACCGAGGGGUGAUCGUCACCAGUCUCAUCCUAACAGCCGUCUGCUGCUACUUGUUCUGGUUGAUAGCCAUCCUGGCCCAAACCAACCCUCUGUUUGGCCCUCAGCUGAAGAAUGAAACUAUAUGGUAUCUGCGCUACUUCUGGGAGUAAACCAGGUCUCGGCCGGACUUCCCUCCAACACAACUCCUAAAACAUUCCCUCCGAACACAAUCUGCAGAAGAGAGCGAGAAAUGUCAGUCAGUUGUCUGCAACAUUUAAAAUCCCCAUGAGUAUGUACAGUACCUAAAAUUAGAGAAGUAGAAUUUCUAAAGACUAAAAUAUCACCAUUGUGACGUUGUGACUUAGCUGAUGGCAGGAUUUGUGAAUGACUCAGAAAUAAGGAGUGUUUUUUAAUGUGUGUUUCUGAUAACAUCAUCUGUUUAGAGUAGAUAAUUAACCUCUGAUCUCUGAAAUGUGCAAUCCCUUGGUUUUAUGGUUCAUUAUGUGUUUGUUUACAUUUUUGCUUUGUGUUGCUGCCAUCAGGGAACAUGAAUUCUGAGUAUUUAUAUUUAUUUGGCCCGUGGGCGCUGAUGUAAAUGACCUGAGUGUCCACACGGGCCUGUUAUAUAACUGUUGUUAUAUGUGAUGUAAUGGUGUGUGUGUGUGUGUGUGUGUGUGUGUGUGUGUGAAGAGUUCAUUACAGUGAGUGUUUGGACCGCAGCCAUGAGAAUCUCCCAGAACCGUUAAAAAAAAAAGAGAAAGUGAAGAGCGAUUCCUUCCACUUUAGACCACUUCAGCAUGAAACUCCCCUCCCACAUUCCCCUCAUGCUCCACACCGCGGAGGUCCUCGUUGCCAUGGUGAUCUCGCCGCCCAAUUCAAUCCAGCUCUACUCGACCCCUUUUGAUGAAAUCUUGCCCAUUCUCGCUGCCUGUGUACAGAUAAACUGGAGCUUCUACUGUAGACGAGAAGCUGAAGCUGCUGGUAGAUCGGCCGCCUUGUCCAUAAUCUGAAAAUACAUUUUCCUUAUUGUCAGCUUUUCGGACGGCAGUCACAUCUGUUCCCUCCAUUUAAACUAAAAUGAGUGAGGGGCUCUAAAUGACCCCUCAUCUCUUCAUUAGCAGAGAAAAAGCUGCUUUGAAUGGGUUUAUACUCUCUAGAAAUAAAAGGUUCUCACUAGAACAGUGCAGAGGUCUUUGCCUUGUCCUCAAUGGGAAAUCCAGAUUAUGUACCUGAACUAGCCUUCUUUUAAAGUUCCACUGGGUUCUGGGUUCUGGGUUCUAUUCAGAGUAAAAUAGAAAGAUUGGUGAAAUUAUUCCAACCUUAAUCAGCAAUAGGAGUCGAUUCAAAAACAUUUCUGCCAUCUUAGAUCAGGUUUCUUUAUUGUCGUCAUACAAAAAUAUACAUCAAAUCCAGGAGCUCUAAAGUGCCAGGUUCUGUUAAGAACUGUUCACGGAACAGGACCUCGUGUAAGACGGAGAACCCCUCCCUAUUGUUUUAGUUUGAUCCAGAGCCCUUUUGAGAGUCCUGCAAGACUGCCUCCCAGAAUCCCAUGUGAGGGGUUUUUAAUGUGAACCCUACAAUGUUGUGAUGGCACCCUAACCCUCAAAUCCUCCAGGGGUGAUCUAGAACCUUUUAAAAUAAAACCCCUAUCUCAGAACGUUCUACCUGUAAAGGUUCCUCUCAAGAUUUCCGCCCAGAAUCCCAUUUAAGAGGUUCCACUGUGAAACCUGCAGUGUUGUGAUAGCACCCUUACCCUAGAACCUGCUCUAGAGGUUCAUCCAUCUUGAGUUUAAGUAAGACCCCUCUAAGGUGUCAUGAUCCCCAAGUGGUCAUCUACGAGGUUCAAUCAAACAUGUCCCACUUUUUUGGGUUCAUAACCAAAGUUCUAAAAAUAAAGGUUCUCACAGAAAUCCACUGUAGUUCAUUAAAAGGGUUCUAACAAACAAAAAGGUCCAAAAGUAAAAGGUUAGGCACAGGGGGUUAGGGUUAGAGUCCUAUAAAAUGUUCUACUAAGAACCACUGGCUGGCCUUAUGAACCCUCCCACAACCUCCCUAUCUUCACGGCACUUCUACAACAACCAAUGAGAGGCUCUAUAGAUAUCAUUCCUAUAUUAUGAAGGUUCCCUCUGGAACCCUCUCUGGGCGUCGUAUCCAGAACUUUCCCAACUUCAGGCCUGCUAACAAGAUCCUGCCUUUAGGGCUCUGUGGAGAACCCGUGUAUUUUCAAACGGUCUCCUCUAGAAACUGCACGUUAAAUACCGCUGAAACAUGUUAGAGCUGUCAUUUCACAGGGGUUCUCUGAUUCUAAAGGUUCUUAAUGAAACAGUCGGCCUUUUUAAGGUUUCUCAUGAACCAAAUGUUUCCUGGUGGAACUUCAGCCCCUCAGGAAAACCCGUUAGAAUUAAAGAGUGCACACAGAGACAAGGGUGAUAAAGAAAGCACAUUGAAUGUUUCUAGACAUUAUCAGAAACCAUAAUCCGUUAAAAACAUGCUUUAGUGGCUUCUGGCUGGCUGGGGUUGGACAUUCAAUCAAAGGCAAACUGUUUAUCAGAUCAGAGAGCAGUCCAGGCCUGGGUUCGGCUUGAUUUCAUUCAGGGCUCCAUGAUAAACGGUUUCCUGCAGUUCUAAGUUGCAGGAAAUGCUCCAACGGUUGGCCUCAGAUCCUAAAAUGUUGUCAGGACUAUUAAUUGUAAUGAAUGGCAUUUGGAGCACAGCUUGUGCUACCUUUGCUGUUCUAGCUGUUCACAACAGAGCGGCCAUGUUCAUCUGUACACAUGCAUGUGAUUAUGGGUAAAUAGUCCGUUCACUGCUGCCGACUGAGGAGGCCGGUCAUCCUGGAGUUAGAGUUAGUUCCACGUCAGUGCUGGAGUCUCUGUGUUCUUUCACUAACAUCCAUGUCUACAUGUCCUUUAAAUAAGAUGCUGGUGUGGUUCACCGGCCUCUUCCUGAUGCUUUAAGAGUCUCCGCUGUCAGCCACCUCUACAGCUACCUCUCCUCAUCUUUCCACUCCCUGUUCCCAACCCCUCCCUCCCUCCCUCCUUUCUUCUCAACGUUCUACCUCCCUGUCCCUCUCUCUUAAAACCACUUUGCUUCAGCCAAAAAGAAUCAAAAUCAAUAUACAGCUACUUUUUAGAAAGACCAAAUUACGUUGUAUCUUUUCCUCCUGCCCUCUUCGGUAGUUGUGGCGAUGGCUCGCAUCUGAGAAGUGGAUUUACAUACACAAGAGGAAACACACAUCCAAUAGAGCGUGAUCACACUCAGCUAAGAUGUUUGAUACUCUUUCCUUCCUUCCUGAGACUGAUUCUGAGACCUCUUGAGCUUUGGCAGAUACUGCUGCAUUAGAUGUCUGCAUAAUUACUUAACCCAACUGAAUAGUACUAAAGCAGAGUGGGUUUUAUUGCUGCUUUUGGUUUUUGGCCUUGCUCUGUGCACAAAAGAAGGAUUUCUGACAUAGCUUCCAUAACAUCAGCAGUAGUCCAGCUUAUGGUAUCUCCUUACAUUUAAUGCCGAGGUCAGACGACACAGUCUGUUACGACUGUGUCAGAAAAGAUGAUCGCAGAGCCAUGAACUCGUGCCAUGACUUGACCUGUGGCACCAUGACUGACGUGACGGUGUUGGAAGGACGAGUGUAAGAGGCAACCUGCAGAAAAGGACUAAAAAACAUUCAGUUUCGCUGUGUUCUGUAUCUGUUUGUCCAGACGAUAUAAGUAUGGUUCGCUAGUCUGAUGCUAAUGCUAAUGGUAGCGACUCAGCAGGUAUGUCUGCUUAUUCUCGCCAACGUUUCUCACAGCCUCAUAAAAGCUGGGAUGUUGUUAUAUUUCAGCAAACAUCACCAACAAGCACCAGCUUCAUUCCUCCUUUGCUUUGUCAUUUGGUUCGUUUACAUCUGUGACGUUUGCAUGUGCAGAUCGCUCUGUACGAACUGAAAGAAAAAUCAAACAUUCUAGACUUUUUGGAAGGAGAUAGUGAUGCGUCCCAGAUGUGGUCUUCACAAUGACCCACUACAAAAUAUAAAACUAUCAAUUUUCACAGCCGACAUGCCCUGAUACCCUAAAACUGCUAAUAUCAGGCUAUAUUCAUGCUGACGUCUGACCUCGGCAGAAGCCAACCAAAGAUCCUUGGAGAAACCCAAAGUUUUUAACACAAACGUCUGUCUCUAGAGUUUCUGAAAUACGGGUCAACCUAUAUUAAACUGAAAAGGCAGCUAGGAUGCCAGGUAUUAGAUCAUUAACAGCUGUACAGAAUAUAAAUGAAUCUGUGUCAAUGGUACUGGAGCUUCAGUUUUGAUACCGUGGGUGUCAGGAGCGUAGAAACAGGUGGGACAGUUUCAUAAAGAUGACUGGAGGCCGUAUCAAUCAGUGUUUCUUUUGGUGAUUGGGUUUACCGUUCUAAAUUAGAUAUUAAGUAAUGAAAAACAAGCGCUUCUUCAAUUUUUAUUUUAAAAGGAGUAAAUCAACUAUAACCUCCUGAGACCUGAGCUUUUCUUUUUAGUUUCUCAUUUAUUUAAGAUCUCUAUGAUCGGAUGAGAUUAGAACCUCAGCUUGAUCUUCAAACAGGAAGUAGUUUUGAACAAAAAUGUUGUCCACACAUCUCCUGAAAAUCCUGGAUUCUGCUUAAAAUACAGACCUGGAUUGGUUAUAGAGCAGAUGUUUUGACUGUCUGUUGGCCAGUUGGUUGUUGUUGGGGUCUUUAGCAGGGAAUCAUUAUAAUUCUAGACCACAAGGACUUGUUAAGGCUGGACAAAGGCCAAAACAUUCCCUAAAAUCUCAGUGAAAAUGCUUAGUUAUAAGUUUUCCAUGAAAAGUACCCUAAUAUUAAUUUAUUUCCCAGAUGAUUCAGUUAAACUUUAUCAAAAAGCCCAAGCAUUCCAGUAAAACAUCCCCCAAAAUUCACAUAAAUUCAUACAAAUGUUCAAGAAAAUUUCCCUGAAAAUUCAAGUAUUUCCAAGAAUUUCCAAACACAUUACCUCAAACAUCCAAAUGAUUUUCCCAAAUUCCCAUUAACAUUCCCAAAAAAAUCAAAGAGCUUCAAAUGAAACCCUCCAAAAUAUACAAACAUAUCACCAGAAUUUCUAUGAAAAAAAUCAAAGCAAAUUCUUUACACUUCAAACUUUCUGAGAAUUUUCUCAAGAAUUCCAUAGGAAAGACAAAAUGUAAUGUCCUGAGAUGUUCACACAGGGUCUUAGGAGGUUUCAACUUGAGAAGGAUUUCUGUUUCAUGAUCAGAGACGAUGAAAAAAUGUGGUUAAAGUGAGGUGGGCCUCAUGAACUCAUAUACAGCUGCUCUGACUCUCAUGGCUAUUCUGCUAAUGUCUAGUCUGUCAUUGUAUUGUGAGUGGAGACAGAUAACCGGCCAAAGAGUCAGCCCUGAUAGUCCGCCAGGCCAAUAACGGUCAGUCCUUAAUAUAUGUCCUUUAAAUGUGUGGAGAGAAAAGUUUGAGCGCCGAGGUUUUAGCGCUGAAGUUGGAGCGCUGAAGUUUGGACGGUUUGACUGACUUUACGGCAUCAGCUGUAACGUUUGCAGUCGUCCCCUCUAAUCCUUCUUUUAUGCACAAACAUCAAGCAGCAGCCCUGGUAUGUAGCUGUCUGAGCCACAGUGUUCCAGCUAUUCAGGGCUAAUUAUAGUUCAUAAUCAGUGCACUGACAGGCUUUCUGAUACUACUUUUAAGGCUUUGUUAAGGCUGUUGUUGGUACCAGACCAGCUCAAGCCUUAUUCAGUUUCUCUAAAACUUCAUAAACCACCGUAGGACAGCUGUCAACCUGCCAGUUCAGAGAGGCUGCCGUCGAGGCAGGAUAGAAAAAAGCCUUGUGCCGUAACGGAGGCUCAGUGAUGUGUUAAUGUUCCUGGGUUUGUACAUAUUUGAGAGCUCAUGUAAAAAGCUGAAUGUUAGCAUUGAUCCAGACUGUGGUUUGCUGUCACUUCAUUUUAUUCCAUCAAGCUUUCCAACUAUGAACUCCUGGCUAUCACUCUGCACCAUAAACCCUCGGUCCACAGACAGUUUGGACGGCAUUCACAGCCCCUCUCAUAGUGAAAUGUUCCCGUUUUCUCGUUUUUAAGCGUCUGUGAAUCAUCAGACAACAAAUGGCAUUGUUCUCACCCGGCCGGACAAACAAACUGAACUCCACACUUUAGACGGACAUGCUGGGUGCGAACUGGACGUAGAAAUCUGUUCACUUCUUCUGACAAGUGGCUGCUGUUCCAUUAAAUAUUCCUGGCAGCAUAGAGGAAGGGAGAAAUACAUUUGUGUGCGUGUGAAGAGUCACCAUGGUUACACAGAUCUACUUCACAGAUCUGAUUGUUGGUGGAGAUGAGAUCCUAUAUGUGACCUCGUAUCAAUGUGAAGUAAAGCUUCUAUGUGAAUGGCGUUUUGUGUUCAUUAAAAACGAAAUGUCUCACACAA